CGGUUUCUUAUACUCCAUUAACGCGCACACACGCUGCUUACUGAAGAACGGAAGAAAUGGCAGCUCCUGGAAAAUGCUUCCUUGUGACCGGGCCUCCUGGCGUCGGCAAGACUACUCUGAUUAUCAAAGUAUUCGAAAGUCUUCGCAGUUCUAAUCCUAACUUGAAGCUUCAGGGCUUCUAUACUCGUGAAAUUAGGGAAGGAACACAGAGGGUAGGAUUCGAGGUGGUCACACUCGAUGGCCGUAAAGGGCUUCUUGCUUCCAACAAAAUCUCCAGUCCCGAAUCUCAUAGAUGGCCCACUGUGGGGAGAUACAGGGUCGAUGUGGCAUCUUUUGAGUCAUUAGCAUUGCCCGAGUUACAGGUAAAGGAAGACACUGAUCUCUUCAUCAUUGAUGAAGUCGGUAAGAUGGAGCUGUACAGUUCUUCAUUCUUCCCUGCUGUGCUGAAAAUAUUGGAAACAGGGGUCCCACUCUUGGCUUCUGUACCAAUUCCAAAGGCUGGGAGAGAUAUUCCUGGAGUGGCAAGAUUGAAAAACCAUCCGGGUGCUGCAAUUUUUACGCUGAACCCAAAUAACCGGGAUGCAAUUAAAGAACAUCUAUUUUCGCUCUUGUCUGAUCAGCUGCAGAAGAGCAUUAGAUGUGCUGGAGUAUGAUCUUGUUAGAGGGGGAACCACCAUCAUCGGUGAGGAGUUCAUUUGUCCAGAACUGAUGAUUUUCUACCAGGGAAUUGUAAUGCUGGAAUGUUCAAAAUAUGAUCUCAAUGUAAGACACAUUUGUUUAUCCAAAUGAUAAAGAUUGUAAUAACAGUAUAACACCUGUAAUCCAAAUUUUUUUUAAUUUAAUUCCUUGUCAUCCCUUUU